UUAUUGCCUCGUAGGCUUUCACUUUUUCCUUUUAUUUAUAUAUUGCCAAUACCGUAUUUGGCGCAAAGUUUAGAUCGGUCGGCCAAUAUUUUGAUUUCCAAACAAGAAUCAGACGAAAUUUCAUAGCUCAAGAUUAGCUCUAAGGUGUACCCUGUGGGUCUUUCUGAUGACUUAUGAUGGAGGAGGGACCAAUAAAGUUUGCAUCUGGUGGAGAUGACAUCAAAAUUUGGGACCUCUCCAGCUCAACUCCUCAGCAACUGUUUUCACCGCAUGCAGGUCCCAUCUCAAGCCUCUGCUGGAGUCAGAACAAUCAACUCUUGGCCAGUGCAUCAUCAGUUGGGGAUAAGAUUGUACUCUCCUACGGAAAGAGUCUUUCAACAAAUAUUAUUGAGCUUGCAGUUGGGGAGAAGCAGACAUGUCUUUCUAUGAACUCAACCUCACGUUACCUGGUUUGUGGAGGCAAGAACAAGCUGGUCAGCAUAUGGGACCUCAAGAACAAAAAGUUGAAGAGGACAUACAAGGAGCAUCGAGACAGUGUGAGCUGUGUGCUGUUCAAUUGGAAUGAUUCCUACCUGGCAUCAGGGUCGGCGAGUGGAGAGAUCUUACUUCACAAUGUAGUAUCUGGUCAACCUGGCUCCCCUAUGGUUGCAUCCAAUGGACAGACAAUCCGGGAUGUCGGGUACUCCUUCUUCAAGAAGUCUCUCCUAGCUGCUGCCUCAGAUGAUGGCAGUCUAACCCUGUGGGAUACCAACACUAGUAAGCUGGUCACAUCAUUCAGCGAUGCUCACAAUGCACCCACCACAGCCCUGUCUUUCUCACCGCUCAAUAAUCUCCUUCUCGCCAGCUCCGGUCUUGACAAGAGGGUGGUCUGUUAUGACGUUAAUGGCAGAAGUGUGAUCAAGACGAUGACCGUUGAGUCCCCUCUCACAUCACUGUCCUUCAUGCAAGAUGGAGCAACGUUAGCAGCAGGCUCCACCCGGGGCAAGAUCUAUGUCUUUGAUCUACGCAUGGGAUCUGCCCCUCUCAAAACACUCAACGCUCACAAGUCUUCUGUACAGGCUAUAAGAUUCCAAUAUGCUAAUGGAGCUCCUAAGGUGAAUGGGCCAGUCAGCAAAUCAAGAACAGCAGGUUCUCACAAGAAGUCGUCAUCGUCCACCUCUUCGAUACCGAUGCACGAGCCCAGCGAGCCGACAUCAUCCAUUCCUGAUAAUGUGAAGGCAUCUAAGGAGAGUCUCAAUGAGAGGACCAACGGUGAUCCUUCUCCACGGUAUGAGCAGAUGGACAAUAUGGAUAUCAUCUCACCAAUCAGAGAAGGAGGUGACUCGACCACAGCUAGGACAUCAGUCAGGAAUGGUCCCAACUCUGUAACUGAUGAUAGGCCAGAGACUAUGGGCAAGGCAGAGACACAACAAAGACGUAACAGCUUACCUGGUGCAGGUAUAUUCUCCCCUCUGUCAUCAGAAAAUGACAAUCCAAGUAUUGAUAGCUCAGUAAGGAGAAAUCCUGUUGGAUCAGUAGCCUUAGAAUCCAGCCCUUUCGGACCAAUUAGGAGAGCUUUUCCAAAUAACUUGGAUGGUCUAGAUAAUGGCACAACAACGGCAACUUCAAAUAGCGUCAGGUUUAGAUCGCCAUUGCACAGUCCGGUCGACCUUCCCUCGCCAAGGAGAACAUCCUUUCCCACCACCGUCAUGGAUACAAGACGCAUUCCAGCCUCCCUCAACAUCCGUCCUGUCAGACUGGACAGUGAUACCAGGAUGGAAGGGGAGGAAGAGGAGGAGGCAGCAUCACCAGUAACCACGCCAACCAUUCAUAGACCAGUCUUCUCACCAGAGGAGCCCCCAAAGACAUCAUUCCCAAGAAGCUUUCCGUCCCCUGCUCCUCCUCCUCAUACCAGUAGUGAGGCAGAAACAAGGAUGAAUGAAGGAGCUGUAGGAGGAGGAACAGAAGCUGCAGGAAGCUCAUUGCAGAAUACCCCAUUCCAGACAUUCCAAGUGGAUUUCAUCAAGAACUUGAUAGAAGAAUCAUUGGACCAAUUCAGGGUUGCUAUCCACAGAGAUGUUACUAAUCUACAGUUAGAAAUGCUCAGGCAAUUCCAAAUACAGCAGACUGAAAUACAAGCAUUGCUCCAACGCUACUCCGUCAACGAGGGCCUCCUUUCAGAGAUUGAGACUUUGCGAGAGGAGAACAAGAGAUUAAAAAACAAAUACUGAUCUCGGCCAUCGGCAGG